CAAAAAAUGCGCACUUAAACACUGGGUCAUAACAUUGGAUUAUCUGUCUGUGGAUAUCCUUGAAGCUCUCUGUCUUUAACGGAAUUAACAGCUGACUAACGGACUCCACUGCUCAAGGGGACCCAGAUUAAAAACCGGGAGCAGGUCUAUUUCUCUCUCUGUGUGAUCUGUCAUAUAGUUUUCACCCAACUUUUUACUGGAACCAGUUACAUUUUAUUGACUAUAAUUCAACGGUACGAUCACAGUGCCGUUAUUAUAUGCCCCUAUCACUGGAUAUAAAGGAACUUAACUUUAUAUUGCAAAAAAGUUGGAUUUAAUUACAGAAAAAGUUUUAUCGUAUUUGUGCCCGAGUGGGGUAACGAAUAACAGGAGUACCCAAAUUGAAAGACAGGAAUUACAUGCACACCAGACAUGAUGUUCUUUGCGCACUUGCUUCUUGCUCUUGGCUACAUGGCGAGCAUUGCGCAAGGGUGCCAACUGCCCACCGAGUGGCGUCCAUUGAGUGAGAGCUGCCGUGCGGAACUGGCGGAGAUCAUUGUGUACGCCAAGGUGCUGGCCAUUCACCGGGAGCAGUAUGGCGGAGCAGAGGGCCUCUACAACUCCCUGCCAUUCCCGUACGGGUAUGGUUAUGAGGGCGCAGAGGAAGGGUUGCUCUACUCGGCAGAGGUGGAGCUCAUGUGCGACCAGGCGUGGGGCAGCAUGCUGGAGGUGCCGGCGGGCUCACGCCUCAACCUGACAGGGCUGGGGUACCUGUCGUGCCAGACUCACACCGUGAUGGAGAACUACUCCUACAUCUUCUUCCUCAGGUGAGUCAGGAUGACCUGGUGACCGGGAACCUGUGUGCAUUGCACAGAAUCACUAAUACAUUUAAAAGAGUGUGAUGCAUCAUAAACACACACAAAAACAUCACAUAGACUUUACAGCAUAAUGGCCUACAAUAUUUAGCUCCUCUAUCCUCUCUUUUCUGGAUGCACUUUGUGAUAUAAUACAGACUUGAGCCCUUUUAGGGGUCACGUUUUGACCCUAUAGGAAGCAUGCACUCAGUCACUCACAGUGUUUGUUUGUUUACCUUCUACAGGAUGGAUGAGAACUACAACAUCCUGCCCCACGGGGUCAACUUCCAGGACGCCAUCUUCCCAGACACCUUAGAGAACCGCCAUACGUUCUCCAGCCUGUUCCAGUUCUCCAACUGCUCCCACGGCCAACCCCUCCAGACCUUCAGCCCCGAGUGGGACCCCCAGGAGGACAGCAGGGUAAGACCAAUCAACACACUGCAUACACUGUACAUAGGAGGAGGGGGGAAGGGGGGGUAGACAAAGAGAGAGGGGGGGAGGGAGAGAAAGGGAGAUGGAGGGGAAUAUGGGUUGGAGAGGGAGAAAGAGAGAGAAAGGGAGAAAAAUUUAGAAAAAGGUAGAUGAAUGGAGUGGGCGAAAUAGAGAGAGAUGCAGAGAGAGAUAAAGAAGGGAGAUGAAUAGAGAGAUAACGAGAGAAAGGGUCAGGAAGAGAGAGAUGGGAAGGCAGGGUAUUGUCCUCUGGGCCUGAACAGCUGGAAAUAUCAAUUCUACCUGCUUGUAAAACGCCAACAGACAUCCACAUGUGCACACACAUGCAUGCACGCUGGCACACACCUACUGUAGACACACACACACACACAGUUGUGCAGCAGAGCAGGGUUGUAGCUAAGGCCGGCCAUGGAAAAUAUUAAACUCUAUGCUUUACAACCUUGUUGCCCCUGGAUACAGAAGGUGCUCACAUGUAGCUCCCCGCUCUCCAGAUGUGUGUACAUCUGCAGCAAUGAUCUCACUGACCUUCACAGAGUAACACACACACAGUCAGACAUUCACCUCUGAGCCACCAACAUCCUCAGACACUACUCUGUUGUAUGAAAUGGAUUUAGCUAUAGAGACACAGUCAAAGAUCCCCCACACAGUUUAAGAGUCAGAUACAGAGCAUACACCAAACACACAGACUGCCCACCCAGCUAACUGUGUGUUUGUGUGUGUCUAGGUCACUCUGCUUAGACUUUAACCUCACUCUGAGAUCAAAGCAGUCAUUGAUUAAGUCAUGUGGCUUCCUGUCUCCUCUGAUUCCCUAGGCAUGAUAUUCAUUUCUACUGAGGUCAAAGGUCAAAACAAUACAGACGCACACCCAGCACUCAGCCAUGCCCAAGGUUCACUGGACCAAAGACUGUCGCUGACGUGGUCACAUGCUCAUAGUCAUAUCCCUUCGGUGUACACAGAUCUGCACACCUGAAAGGGAUUGGAUAGAUGUUAGCAACAUGCUAGAAGCUUCACUUGACCAUAUGGCUUACACCUACCUACCCAUUGUUUUCAGACCUGCAGACAAUGAAAUGGAACGGGGUCUCAGGGAGACUGGAGAGGAGGGAUGAUGUCAUGUGAAACCUCAGAGGUACAGUGGUCAGGUCUUCUCCUAUUCCUGUCUCUAUCCCAGAGAGCCUGUAAAACAUUGACGGAAGACUUGUGACACACAGGGUGUCGGGUUUCUGAUGGGUUAACGGGUUGAGAGGUUAGAGGUUAGGGGUUAAAGACACUAUGCGUGGCAUGAGCCCAUGUGCUGACAUGCAGGGGUCGCAACCUUAGGAGUGGGGUUGGAUGUGAAACAGGUGUGUUCCAUGUGGAGGAGCCGAUGUGUGUGUUGUCGGAGUGUGUCAGAGUUUACGCUAUGGAAAUAUAGACAAAGUUAAUAGGAGAGAAACAGGCUUAAAAAUGAUACUACAAACCCGUGGGAACCAAUCAAUGGAACCACAGCUCACACACACCCACACAUGCAGUGGUGUAGUGGAGGGUAAAUGCAACUGAACGCAGUUUACCCACUUUUUGCUGGAAAAUGCAUUGAAAGUAUAAGGAGCGUUACUUUUUUCACUGCGACCGGUGAUCAGAGUUUACCCACCUAUUUUAUUACCACUACAUCACUGCAUGCACGCACGCACACACACACAGGUGUAGAGGUUAACGUGUGUCUGAGGCUCUCUUCAGCGAUGUGUUUGGCAGAUGGAGGUGGUUAGUUAGGGAAUGGCUGGGAGAGGCUAGGAUAAUGAGGCUGGCUCUGUCUGCUCUGUAGUUUUCCUGUGGGAACGCUGACGUUCCAGACGGACGUCCCAUGCAGGCUGGCCCUGCCCGAGGGGAAGGAAAGAUGAGAGUGCCUCCACUUUCACCCAAACCCCCAAUUAGCACUUGUUUAAACCCCUUCUUAUCCAGAGAAGGUUCCGGAGCGCCAAAACGAAUCCAUGGACACUGUCCUCAGAAUUCCUCCUCUAAGAGUUCUCUCUUAAGACUUCCUCUCCUUUAUUAUAGAGAAAAGCCUGCAGGAGUUGAUAAAUGAGAGAUAAAGAGAGACCGGUAAGAGAGAGAAAGAGAGAGGGAGAGAGGAAGAGAUAAAGACAGAUUGGGGAGAGAGAAAAGAGAGGGAGGGAGAGAUAAAGAGACUGGAGUUAUAGGGAGAUUGAGGACAGAUCUGGGUCUCUCAUAUGAACAAAUGCCCUGUACCUCAAUGCUUCUCCAGCCUAAAUGCCGGAUCACCUCUAAGCAUCUUCAUCACAGUGUGUUCUGUGAGUCAGUCCUACCUGAUGUAGUGUAAUAACCCUCCCUUUCUAACCCCUUUUAAUGGAAAUUAGUUGUGUUCAGUCACAGCAAGGGUAAAUACUUUGUCAUCUAAUGCACCCUAGCUUUCUUCCGUAGGGCAUGGAAAUCUCAAAUUAGACCCCCCCCCCCAUACACGCACUCACUGGAGUAAUCACAGUGUGUACUCUGCCAAACAGAAGGACAGUGUAUGUUCCAUACUGUGGCUGCCACACUAACUCGAGCAGACCUGCGUGCAUACCAACCAAGAUCCAAUGCGAAAUUCGACAUCCUUCCAGGUAGCCAGGAAGUCAGGAGAUUACUUAAAAACCUGCCACUAGGGGCAAAGGUGAGCGCCGUUACCAUCAAGUAUUCUUGUGAUUUGCUAGGGCGUUGUGGAUGGGUGUAAGCUGCGAGCUCUUGCUCCAAGGGUCGUGUGUUCAAUCCCAGUGCUAGGGACCUUUUUAUAAAAAUAAAUAUUUGUUUUCAUCCUAUCCCAAACUUUAACCCUUAAAUUAACCAUUCAGAGUUAAUGCCUAAAUGUAACUGUCGUUGUUGAUGUUGUAACUGUAACCCUAUCCCAAACUUAACUGCCAAAAUUUGACGUUUGGAGAAAUGUUGACAUGUUAUGUUAGGAGAAAUGGAAACAAACAUUGGAAUCUGAAGUCAAAUUGGUAAAACAGUGAGAUCUUGUUGCACAUACAGUCACACACACACAGUUGGAUUACUCACACACACAGACGGUGUUUAGAUUAAGGUUUUACAGCUGCUCAGGGGCUAUAAGAAGGAGGACCUCAGUUCAGGUCAGGAGGGUACACUGCUGUGUGUGUUUAGGGGUCUGUGUGUUGCUCGGUGUGUGUGUCUGUGUGUGUGUGAGCGGCUGUGCCUGUUUACACAGAUGAUCCUCCACAGCAGGCAGGUAACACCCAGAUGUUUUGACAGGUGAUGCUGGGGAUGGAUGGAUGGUUGGGAGUUAGCUUUGGAUAAAGCGAGGGAGAGCCGUGACACACCGGUCUGGACAAGAAUCUGUUUGUUGGUGCAAUAUUCACACAAUAAUUGUUUUGUGCUUUGAUAGUUUUUUUUCCUGGAGGGUUGAGACCUCUCAUUGUUUGGAUUUGAAAAUCCAAUAGUUGUAUUGGAAAGGGGCGGCACUCUGGGACUGUGUGUGGCUGUCGAUGUGGGUGUUUGAGUGAGAAAGACAGAGGAGAACCGAUCAGUCAAAAAAACAUAGCCGUUAUCGACACAUCAUGCCGACAACAUCAAAACAGCCUUUCCAGACUCUGAAGUCAGAAAGACUACCAGGUCCCUGGAUUGGGUGCAAUGUUCCCUCUAAACUGUACGUGUGCGCGGCCGUGCACCUCCUCCAGGACUGCCGCGCAGAAGAAAUGCCAGGCUGCACAGAGAAGCAAGUGAUUGAACUUCACUGAGUUCACACCAUUAGUUUACACUAUAUAGAUCAACGUUUUUUCUGUGAUCGAAUCAACAUUAUAUCAGCCCCUUUUCAAUGCAACAAACCAAAACAAAUCUAACUUUGUAAGAUUGAGUCUGUUAUUUUGUUGUAGGCAGAGCCAGAGCGCAACAGAGUAGAAUUCUACAGGCAGGGGUAGUCCAUGAGCGAUCAGAGCGCAGAACCGCGGUGUGCACAUUUGUUGAUAUUCUUUGCUAGUUAGUGAGUUAUUUGCCCAGUUAUAGAUCAUUAUAGGUCAGAAAUGUUUAGUUACUGCUUCCUACAAGAGCACAAAACGGGUAGGCUACAUUUCAAGCUGUCUUUGAAAAGCCAGUCAGGUAAAAAGCUUAUGUCUUAAAGGGGUAGUGUUGUAUUUUGAGACGGGCUUGAAUAUACAAAUAAGCCAAUAUGCAGAGGGUUAGCCGACAUUGUCUAAUUCUCUGUAUGGUAAUAAUGAAUUUUAUGUUGUAAAGUGGUUUCUUACAUCAUACAACACAAUACAAUGCAAUUUACAGCCACCUAUUUGCCCCAUGGUGUUACAGACCAAGUAGAUAAAAAAAUAAGAAACCGUUACACUGCUCUUGCUAGAAUCACUGCUCUUUAUUAAGCUUUACGUAUCGGCCUCAAGGACUUCGUCAGCGCUUUUGUGAGUGUUUUUAAUUUGCACCCUUAUGUAGACAUUGCUCCGCCCACAUCCGUUCAAUGCAUCGAAUGGAGUUGGAGUCGAGGGAAAAUAAACAUGAAAACCUACUUGAUAGGUUGAUGUCCUCACUGUGGUUUUAAAGACGUGUUUAAUACGUUAUGAACACACUUUAUUAGAAUGCUUAUGAAAUGCACAUUAUUAUAGUUGGUAAAACUUUUAUUUUCCCUCGACUCCAACCCCAUUCGAUGCAUUGCACGGAUGUUGUAAGGGUUGGUGUGAGGUGUAACCCAGGUGCAGUACAGGAUAGACAGUAGUCAGUAGGCAGAGAUGAUGAAACAAGGAACUUUACUGAUGGUCCCGAAGCCAGGAUACAAAAUAACAGACUUUACACGAAAAAGAAAGGCGGAGCAAAUAAGACUCAAAAAAACAGGCAGACAGCCAAAAAUACAAAAUACUAACUAUGACUGAAAUAAUAAAUAAACAGGGAGAACACUUCUCACGUACCUGUCCAUACAUCCCGCGAUCAGACACUGAUUAGUACUGCUUGGCAUAAUGAAACUAGCAGAGAAAACGGAGCAAAGGAACACAGGGAAGUGAGGGCAUAAAUACAGAUAGACACAGGUGACACCAAUAGGAAGAUGAUUAGUCCCGACUGUGAGUGAGGAGGUGCCUAAGGUUGUCGGAGGAUGACACCUAGUGGGUCGCUCCGGAACUGCGACCCACUCCUGUAACAAGAUGUGGGUGGAGCAAUGUCUACAUAAGGGUGCAAAUUAUAAACACUCACAAAAGCUCUGAUGAAGGCCUUGAGGCCGAUAGGUAAAGCUUAAUAAAGAGCAGUGAUACUAGCAAGAGCAGUGUGCAGGUUUCUUAUUUUUUCUCUCGUGUUAUUCACUUGUUACCAUGCACCUGCAAAAAAGAUAGCUCGGAAUGUGCGAAUGCCUUUUGAAUUUUGAGUUACAGAGCAAGUAAAACAUCAUUAAUUGAUGUCAAGCCCUUUAUAAUGUAAAAACGUUUUUAAAAGUCUAAUUCAAUGUAGGCCUGCAUUUAACACCACAUAUAGGCUACUGUAGGCUAUAUCAUAUAAAUCAAAAGCUAUUUCCAUGUGAAAAUGUUAUGGGAUUUGCUCCAUUGGUUUUGUUGGUAGGCCUACAUUAUAAUCAAGUAGCCACAAUAACCUAUUGGCUUCUGUCAAAAACUGUAAGGGUACAGGCUUAGUGUUCACUGUAAAUGUGCAUCAGAAGUUGCACAGAAUUCUCACAACGUUCAAGUUUCCGCUCACAAGACCAAAAAUUUGCUCAGUACCCAAACAUGGGUUAAUUUAACCAUCGGUUUGGUUUUUAUUCAGAUUUAUGCUGGGUUGACCCAGCAGCUGGGUAUUUUUUAAAUGUAAUCCAUAGGUUAUUUUCAGGAGGCGUGGCCUAUUAGGGGUGUGUCGUUCAGGGUUAUUUUUUGGCCCCCCGUGAGAGUAAAUGUCAUUCCUGUUCAUCAUGUUAAGUUUGUACACUGCAAAUUUCAAUGUUCCUUGAAUAUUUUUGCACAUUACAUUCUAAUAUACAAUUAAUAAUAUUAUUAUUUACAUAUUGUAACUAUCCAAAUAUAUAACUCAUACACUUGUGUAAGCCUCAUUAAAGCUACAAAAGUGUCAGUGUUCAACCUUAACGUGUGAUGACAAUACAACAGAUGAACCGGUAUUAGUCCCUUGUAGCUCAGUUGGUAGAGAAUGGCGCUUGCAACGCCAGGGUUGUGGGUUCGUUUUCCACGGGGGGCCAUUAUGAAAAAUGUAUGCACUCACUAACUGUAAUCGUCUGUAGAGUCUGCUAAUGACAAAAUGUAAUGUAAUACAUUACCUCACAGGUGCAAAACAAUCCUGAAGCCAUCCACUAACCACCCUCCAGUCCUUGACUGACCCGUGUUUCUCAAUAACCGCAUCAACAACCCAACUGCCUUUAAGAACAACCCAACUAAGUGACCCAAUACCUGCAACCCAACAGUUGGGUCAUCCAAACAACACAACAUUUUUUAGAGUGCACACUGUCCUCACAUUUAACAGUCAGGACUCUAGUACUGGACUUUAGGAGUUACAGUAUAGAGCUAAAUUAUUUUAACUAUUCUGUUUUUCCUCCCAGAUACCACUCUUUGUUUAAAGGGAGAUGGGAUGCUUGUUAGGCAGAAUGUUUUGAGAGCCAGCCAUUGGACAAACACACGUCAACACACACCCCCCUCUGGGGCUAUAUUAGGGGCCCAGGGCCUCCGCCAUGCCGACCUGUAGCCUAACGUAGCAUUAGAAGGGGAAACCCCAUAGAGAGGUGUCGCCCCGCCAAUGAGCUAGUAAAUUGGGGCCCCUCAGAACCGUCAUAACUCCGGGAGAGAUGACAGGGUACUGUACUCUACAGAGGCUCCAAUGCACCUUGACUCACUGGAGGGAGAGAGAGGGGGGAGGGAGGGAGAGACAUGGGUGAGUGUGUCUGGGGCCUGUCGUAUGGACUAGCUACAGUACUGUACCUCAGAGCUUCUUCCAUCUAAACUCAUGAUGAGUGAGACCUUGAAGAGUCAGGGCCCCUACUCCCUGUGGUCUCUCACACAAUCCCUGUGUUCAUCAGCACUGAGCAUGUAACACACACACACACACACACACACACACACGCACACACACAGAGUGUAAUGUCUGUCAGAAACCCUCAGCAGAAGAAAAGCACCAGCCAAGGAGAAGUAACUAAGGCGGUGGAGUUAAAAGAACAAAAGGAGCACACACUGAUGGGAAGACGAUGUCACUUGGGCUCUCACGCUCUCCUCCUGAUGCCAACCGACAACAUACUAACUGGCAUGCUGUAUUCUGCCCCAUGUUUACUGAAGACCCUCAGCUCAACUUACCUGUUGCACUAUGCUCAGAUAAAUACUCAGAGACUGAUCUCACAAAUUGAGUGUCAUGCCCUUUGAAAAUGGCGGGGCACAAGUAUCAUCGAGUUGUACACUAAAAAGUUCACCAGUUAGUGCACCCCCUUUAAAAUGAUUAGGUGAAUGACACUUCUGCUAAUAGAUAUUAAAUCCCUCCUACGUGUUGAUUUCAUCUCUCUUCUUCUCUCCCCCCCCCCCCCCCCCAGCUCAUGUGCUCCUCGGUGCAAGGGGCUCUGUUCGAGGAGGAGGAGAAGAGCAGGAAGCAGCAGGAGCGCCUGGGCCAGCUGGAGAGGAGGAACAGGCAGCUGAAGGAGCGUGUCCGGAAGGUGAAGCGCUCCCUCCGGAACGCCAGGAAGAGCCAACGCCGGGUGGAGCAGGAGAGGCAAGGGCUGGAGGAGAGGCUGAGGUCAGCGGAGAGACGCGCUGGGCAUCACCUCAAUAGCAUCACACAGGAGGCUACGCCCAACAGAUACCAGGAGGCUGUGUUACACCGUACGCCCCACACACCGCUUUAG